GUCACACUGCAUGCAGUACGUGCAUGGAGAGAGAUGAGCUAGAAGGCUGCUCUGCAUGAGCAACUUCCGUACCAGAGAUCAUAACUUGUUGAAUGUUUUGAAGUGGGACUGUUUUUUAUUAUAAUGUCCUCCACCAAGGUGACAUCAAACCAACAAACAAACUCUCUGGGAGCGCCUUCACUCAGGGGUUUCUGAGUGGUCGUCUGACUGACUGUGUAGAGUAUGAACAACCACAGUUCUGGAUCGUACCACCCUCCGGCUGAACUAUUUGUGAUGCCUGUUCUGGUGGUCAUUAUCUUCAUGACGGUUGCUGGCAACCUACUGGUCAUCCUCACCAUCGCCCGCACCCUCCAACUCCAGACCACCACCAACAUCUUUGUCACCUCCCUGGCCUGUGCUGACCUUAUCAUGGGCUGCCUGGUGCAGCCGCUGGGGGCCUCCCUAGUGGUGACGGGGGACUGGCUCCUUAGCGGCACAGCCUGUGAGCUCUGGAUAUCCAUGGAUGUCCUCUGUGUGACAGCCAGCAUUGAGACGCUGUGCACCAUCGCUGUGGACCGCUAUAUCGCCAUCACACGGCCUCUCAGGUACCAGUCUCUGCUGGGGAAACGUCAGGCGUGGCUCAUGGUGUGUGUGGUGUGGGGUGUGGCAGCCCUCGUCUCUAUCGUCCCAAUCAUGAGCCAGUCGUGGCGUGCUCAUAAUGACACCGGGAGCACGCAGUGCUACGAGGAGCCACACUGCUGUGACUUCAUCACCAACAUGCCCUACGCCAUCGUGUCCUCUGUUGUGUCCUUCUACGUCCCCCUGCUGAUCAUGAUCUUCAUCUACAGCAGAGUCUUCCUCAUCGCCACACGGCAGGUCAGGCUGAUGAAUGAAAACAAGCUGCGUUUCCUCAGUUGGUGUGACAUCCCCCCAUCAGAGUGGCACCUAGUCAGCCCUGGGAGUCCCAAUGGCAGGGAUGGGAGCAUCGCUGGCAGGGAUGUGAGUCCCACUGGUAGUAUCACUGGCAGGGCUGGGAGCAUCACUGGCAGAGCUGGGAGCAUGAACAGGACUGGGAACACCGGCAGGGCUGGGAGCAGCUUCAUUUUCGACUCCAUACAGCGGAGAAGCCAGGGCCGCAGGCACACUCGGGUAACUGUCCUAAAUGAACACAAAGCCAUCAAGACCCUGGGGAUCAUCAUGGGGACCUUUACUCUGUGCUGGUUGCCCUUUUUUGUGUCCAACAUCAUCAAGGUGUUUGACCCAGAUAUCCCCUCCAGGGAAGUUUUUAUUCUGCUCAACUGGCUGGGCUACCUGAACUCAGGCCUCAACCCCAUCAUCUACUGCCACAGCCCAGAGUUUCGCUCAGCCUUCCGGAACCUUCUAUGUUGCCCGUGGCUCUCUAAGGUGGGGCUCAACAGAGUCUUCAAGGGGCUGUGGACUAGUGCCAUGCUGGAGGAGAGUAGAGCCCAUGCAGGGACACACAGCUGCCAGGGCCUGAGACAGAGGCAGGGGCAGAGCCAGGAUCAGGAGCAUGGACUGGGGCAGGAGGGACUGCCUCUGCCGCUAACACCCAUUCAACACAGUCCAGACGGAAUGGAUGUCACUGACACAGCGACAGUCUGAGAGAAAGUCACACCUAUAUGGAUACCCACGGGAGAAACUACAAAUCAUCUGGGAAUGGCUUAGUGACAGAUGGCCAGACAAGUCCUCACAUCAAAGGACAUCAGGACGUCAUUGGACAUGUCGUAGAACAUCAUCUUGUGGUCAAUCCAUCAAAUCAGAAAAUGUCUAUGGUUUGUCAAGAUAGUGCAACCCCAGAUGAUUCAGUUGACAGAAUGACACCAAAGUUAUCACAGGCACUCAGUCUGAUGUUUGCUGCCUGGUCAAGGCAGAAUGUAAGCGACUGGAGUCAGACAGGGAAAUUAACUCUCCAAAGAUUAACUCUCCAAACUGUUGUUAUAGGCUGGGUGGUUUGACAGUAUGAACAAUGGCAUGAUACUGCAGUCAAUGAAUUACCAACCAGCCAGUGAUACAGUGUAUGUUGGAAUUAACUUGAAUAUUAGAUUGUAUGAAAGGUCAAUUGCAAUGGUAAAGGUUAUACAAGUAUGUUGAAUGAUUGCAUUUGCUGUUUUGGAAGAUAUUAGAAUGUAUAAGAUGUUAUGUGUGUUGUGUCAUAGAUUUUUCAAUGUGUUAAUUGUCCAUUGUUUUCCACAGAGUAAAUGUAAUAUCAGCAAUAUCAGUGCAAUGCAAUUAAAGGUGUUACACAUAGUGGUUAGAGCGUUGGAUCAAAUCCCCGAGCUGACAAGGUAAAAAAAUGUGUCGUUCUGCCCCUGAACA